CAUUUGAUGUUGCUUUGGAGCAGUGUUCGCUUGCCGACGUUGCUCCAUCGAUUUCGCAGAAUUUUAAGUGUGAAAUGGCUACAAAUACUACUUCGCGUGAAUUCUGUUCAUCUGUAUUGUGGGAUUAUCAAUUAUCAUGGAACACUACACACCCAGACCUGACUCCAUGUUUUCAGAAGACUGUAUGUCAGAUGACACCUUGUGCUUUUCUAUGGUUAUUACUCCCAUUUAGAUGUCUUGAUAUUUACUGGAAUAAGAAAAAAAAGAUAUCUGUGUCAAAGAUCUUCAUUUUGAAACUGCUUGGCCUCUUUGUACUACUGACAUGUGUUGUGAUAAAGUUACUCUACAAUUUGUCCAAAGCAACUCAUCCAGACAUUUAUCCUGUGGAUAUUAUGUCUUCUUUUGUCCUUUUUCUGACUAUGUUAUUGGUUAUGAUAUUUCUUCACAUUGAAAGAAAAGGUGGCAUUGCAUCAUCUGGCAUUCUUGUUGCUUUCUGGUUACUACUGUUAAUUGGAUACUCUCUGAUGAUCAAAUCACAUGUGAAGUCAGUCAUUGAAGAGAAUAAAGCUGAGAAUGUGUUCAACAAUAUUAUCUUCUAUAUUACCUAUGCAUUCAUAGUGAUAGAAUUUUUACUUUCUUGCCUCUUGGAUGAAGGAAAAACUCCAGAAUCUGUACCUUCUAAUGUCUGUCCAGAGGAACGAGCAUCCUUUUUGUCUAAUAUUUCCUUCUGGUGGGUAACACCAUUACUGGUAAAAGGUUACCGUAAAAGUCUUGAAUUCAAAGACUUGUGGACAUUAAAUUCUUACUUAACUUCUAAAGAGAUUGUUGUAUAUUUCAACAAAUAUUGGCAAGAAGAAUCAAAAAAGCAUGUAAAGACUCAUAAUGAGGAACACCUUUUAAAGAAUAACACAGAUGACAUCAAGGUUGUUGGUGGAAAAAAAUCCAGCCUUGUAAAAUGCUUAUUAAGAGCAUUUGGGGACAAAAUACUUUUAGCUAUAUUUUUCAAGUUGAUUCAUGACAUAUUGCUAUUUGUCAGCCCUAUGCUCUUGAAAUUGUUGAUUCAAUUCAUCUCUAAGAGAAGUGCAUUCACAUGGCAAGGAUUUUUAUAUGCAUCACUCUUAUUAAUUUCUGCAACCUUACAAUCAAUAGUUUUGCAUCAAUACUUCCACAACUGCUUAGUAGUUGGCAUGAAGCUAAGAACCACUAUUACUUCUGCUGUAUAUUGCAAGAGCCUUACAUUAUCGAAUUCUGCACGCAAAACUUCAACUGUUGGAGAAAUCGUCAAUUUGAUGUCAAUCGAUGCCCAGAAGUUCCAAGAUCUCAUGACCUACGUUAACACUAUCUGGUCUGGUCCUCUACAAAUUAUGAUUGCUCUUUACUUCCUCUGGCUUACCUUAGGACCAUCCAUAUUUGUUGGAGUUGGCAUUUUAGUAUUUUUUAUUGGAAUGAACAUGUUUAUCUUAAAUGCAAAGAGUGUGUUACAGAUGAAGCAAAUGAAAUUAAAAGAUUCCAGGAUUAAAAUGAUGAAUGAAAUUCUCAAUGGUAUAAAGGUUUUGAAGUUGUAUGCCUGGGAGAAUUCUUUCAAGGAGCAGAUCAUGAAAAUACGAAAUGAUGAAAUGAGAAUUUUGAGAAAGCAAGCCUAUCUUAAUGCUUUCACUACACUAACAUGGAGCUGUGCACCCGUAUUUGUGUCACUUUUUACAUUUGUGGUGUAUGUCCUCUCAGAUGAGAAAAACAUCCUGGAUGCAGAGAAAGCUUUUGUUGCUUUAUCACUUUUCCAUAUUUUGCGUUUUCCUUUGAUGAUGUUACCAAAUACAAUCUCCAAUCUCAUAGCUGCAAAUGUUUCAGUGAAAAGAGUCACCGAGUUUUUGAACAAAGAUGAAUUAGAUUUAAAAUCUGUUGAACACAGUUUAACAGACUCGGAUAGUCAUUCUGUCAUCAUUGAAAAUGGAUCUUUUAAAUGGGAUAAAGAAGAGCCUUGCAUUUUAAAAAACAUUCAUUUUAAAGUUACACAAGGGACACUUGUUGCAGUUGUGGGAGUUGUUGGAUCAGGAAAAUCAUCCUUAAUCUCAGCCAUUCUUGGUGAAAUGGAAAAAUGUUCUGGAAAAGUUAAUGUACAGAGUAAUGUGGCUUAUGUAGCACAGCAAGCUUGGAUUCAAAACGAUACCUUGCAGAAUAAUAUCUUGUUUGGGAAACAGUAUCAUCAGUCUUUUUACACUAAAAUCAUCAAUUCCUGUGCACUUCAUACAGAUUUAAAAAUACUACCUGCUGGUGAUCAAACUGAAAUUGGUGAAAAGGGUAUAAAUCUUAGUGGUGGUCAGAAACAGCGUGUCAGCCUAGCCAGAGCUGUAUACCAGGAAGCCGAUGUUUAUUUAUUAGAUGAUCCUCUUAGUGCUGUUGAUUCUCAUGUUGGUAAACACCUUUUUGAAAAAGUUAUUGGACCCAAUGGAAUUCUAAGUAAUAAAACACGAAUACUAGUAACCCAUAAUAUCAACUACCUUGAACAUAUGGACAUGAUUAUUGUAAUGAAAGAUGGCCAGAUCAGUGAGAGAGGAACAUUUCAAGAACUUCUUGGUCAUAAAGGGGAAUUCUCAGAAUUCUUGCAAAAUUAUUUAACAGAACAGAAGCAAACUGGAAAUGAAGCUAGUGAAGAACAAGAAACAGAUGAUGAUAUUCAUUCUUCACUUGAGGAAAUUGUGCCUGAAGUUCGUAGAAGAUGGCAUGGUCAAGAGGAUGGGAAAAUGGGCUCACCAGUGAUGUCUUUGAAAUCAGAGAAUGCCUUUGAACUUGCUGAAAAAGACCAGUCUACUCCAAAAGAUAAAUUAAUCGAGAAAGAAGCAACAAUGACAGGAAAUGUGAAAUUGUCAGUGUUUUUAGCCUAUGCUAAAUUUGUCGGUGCCAAAUUUAUGUUAGUAACUUUAGUCACAUUUUUCAUGGUUGGUGCACUCAACAUUUAUUCAAACAUUUGGCUCAGUGAAUGGAGCAAUGAUGCCUUGCUUAUUCCACAAAAUGGUACAAUUGACACUUCCCAAAGAGAUUUGAGACUUAGUGUUUAUGGUGUGUUGGGGAUUAGCCAGAGUAUUGCAGUAGUGAUAGCUGAUCUGCUUUUAUUUGUUGGUUGCCUACGAGCUGCAGGCUUCCUCCACGAAAACAUACUUUCCAAUGUUCUUUUCUCUCCAAUGGCCUUCUUUGAUCAGACACCUGUGGGCCGACUCCUCAAUCGGUUUGGAAAGGAUGUAGAAGUCCUGGAUUUCCGUUUGGUUGAAAACAUUGAAUCAUGUAUCAUGUGUUUACUCAGGAUUGUUUCUGUACCCAUCGUUAUUAUACUCAAUACACCUAUUUUUAUAGUUGUCUGCAUCCCUCUCUUCAUCUUAUACUUCAUAGUUCAGCGUGUUUACAUUGCUACCUCACGUCAAUUAAAACGGUUAGAGUCAGUCAACCGAUCACCGAUAUUUUCUCAUUUUGGAGAAACUGUGUCAGGAGCUACAUCAAUCCGAGCCUUCAACAAACAAAAUGACUUCAUCAAAGAGUCUGAAAAGCGAGUUGAUGAUUACAACAUAACUUAUUAUCCUAGCUUAGUCAUUAACAGGUGGCUGGCUUUUAGAACUGGAUUUAUGAGUGAUCUGAUUGUAUUCUUUUCUGCUGUCUUUUCUGUAACCAACCGAGAUUCACUCACUCCUGGCAGUGUUGGACUUGCUAUAACAUACGCUCUCAGUAUCACUCAAACACUCAACUGGUUCGUCCGCAUGACCAGUGAAUUUGAGACCAACAUUGUUGCUGUAGAAAGAAUAAAGGAGUAUUCAGAAAUUCCAACUGAGGGUCCCUACGAGAUAAAAAACAACAAACCAGCUCCCGAAUGGCCAGAAAAGGGAGAGGUAGUCUUUAGUAACUAUGCUACACGUUAUCGAGAAAAUAUGGACCUGGUUAUUAAAGACAUAAGUUGUCGCAUUUUGCCGACAGAAAAGGUUGGUAUUGUUGGCAGAACUGGAGCUGGUAAAUCCUCACUAACUCUGAGCUUGUUUCGCAUUAUUGAAGCAGCUGAAGGUUCAAUUAUUAUUGAUGACGUUAAUGUCUCAAAGAUUGGAUUAUAUGACUUAAGGUCUAAACUUACUAUCAUACCACAGGAUCCAGUAUUAUUCUCUGGUUCAUUACGUAUGAAUUUGGAUCCAUUUGACUACUAUGCUGACAGACAAUUAUGGGAGGCUUUAGAACAUUCUCAUUUGAAUGAGUUUGUAAAAUCUCAACCGAAAGGCUUGCUACAUGAAUGUGCAGAAGGUGGCGAAAACCUCAGUUUAGGACAGAGGCAACUUGUUUGUCUUGCCCGUGCUCUUCUGAGAAAAAGUAAAAUAUUAAUAUUGGAUGAAGCUACUGCAGCAGUUGAUAUGGAAACUGACGCCCUUAUACAAGAAACCAUCCGUUCCGAAUUCAAAGAUUCCACUAUCAUCACAAUUGCUCACAGACUUAAUACUAUCAUGGAUUAUUCUAAGAUAAUAGUAAUGGACAAAGGCAGGAUAUGUGAGUUUGAUUCACCUGCAGUACUUCUACAGAACAAAGACAGUCUUUUUUAUAGUUUGGCAAAAGCUGCUGAUCUGGUCACAGAACAGUGACAUUAAUCUAGUUCUGUUAUGGCUCCUUAGUCAUUUCUACUGUAAUUUAUUGGCUUUGGCUGUAUAUCUGAUACCAUCCAGUGACUUUUUUUUUAAAUUGCAUAUGAUAAUAUUUUUAUAUGUAAUUUUUUAAAUUUGUUGAAUCUGUUUUGUUACUUUUUUUUAAUUUUCACUAAAACACUUGAGAAAAAAAAAUUAUUUUCAAACAACUGGACUGUGUGUAUAUUCAGUUUAUUGAGAGGUAUGCAUUACUUGGAUUAUUAAACUCUUCCAUUUUCUAAGAUGAUAUUUUUUCCAAACCACUAAUCUCCUCUUCAGAUUCAUUAUUUGCAUCUACAUUAUGUUACAGUUGAUUUGAUCUCUGAUCAAAUAUCUUAUUUCUCAAUGUGCUUCAGCAUGGCCACAGUCAAAUGACUGAAGAAAGUACAAAAAUAGAACUGAAUUCAAACUAAAGACCUGGUGGAUAAUGUUAUACUUUUAAUAUUUACAAUAAGGAUAUUUCUUAGGUUGUUAGUUACAGAAAUAUAAUCUUAUUAACUCAUCUCUGACAUUUAAUCAUCCACUUCAUACCUACAUUGAUAAAUUAUCUGUAUAACCCCAGGACCUAUGAUCAAAUGUAUCCAAUCCAUAGCCAAUUUUUUUUCUUCUCCAAGAGCUAGAUUAUCCAAUGUGUUCUCUUUAUUUAAGAUGGUACUAUUUGGUAUUAUCUUAGUUCUGGCACUAUUUGAUAGAUUGCAAGGCUUAAGUUUUUAGUUGUGUGUUUUACUUGCCAAGAGUGCAAGGUACCAAACUGCUUCUUAUGCUAUGCAGUGAUUACAUUGGUACUGUUUAAAAAUAAGGCUACUAUAUUGUCUGAUUUGGCUAAGGCUUAAAAACUUAAGUUUUAAUUUUAGCUGAAUGGUACGUAGAUUAUUGUAUACAGAAAGAGAGAGAUCUUAUGACAAUCAGAGAAUAAAACAAUUGAAAUGAAAAUAAUGUUGACACACAGUCUAAUCACUGUAUACCAUAAGUAAUAAAUAAACCCUUUCAGAAACAUCUUAUCUUAUUUCGAGUUUACUCUUUACCAUAGCUACAAAAGUUAAGUGCAUUUUUUUUUUUCUUUAGUGAUAGGUGUUACUCAGCCAUAUUAAUGACAGAAAUAAGUGCAACUUGAAAAAAAUAAACCAAGUUGCAGAUUUGAUUCAUUUACAACAAUAGUACUGAUUGAGGUAAAAUAUCCACAAUAUUUAACUUUGAACAACAAAGGAAAAGUAAAGACAUAAAUGCCUACUCUAUUUGUUUCAUUAGGAAAAUAUGGAGAACCUUUUUCUUUAUUUAAUUUUGUAAUUUUUAUCAAGCUUAUUGUGUUGCUCGGGGCCUUAACCUAUCAGUCUAAGAAUAUGGAAGAGAUUGUUCAUUAGUAGAUGUGAAGAGAAUACACUGUGUAUAUACAAUUGUAUCUUAUAAAGAUGCUAUCUUAAUGAUUAGAAUAUGGUUUCUAUAUAUUAAAAAAAAAUAAGUGGUUAUUUUAGUGCUACUGUAAAAUCUCAGGGAACAAAGUCUGUGACCCAAUUUCAAUUCCUAGUUUGAUCACUUGUCUUGAAAUAGGGUUGAACAUCACAUGGCAUGGAAAACAAAUUUGUUUAAGAAUUAGGUUAAGUUUGGAUGUAUGCAUUAUUAUAGUUGAACUAAGUUUUAACUUAGGGGCAUGAGGAUUCGGUUGUAUCCUCUAUACACAUAUUUGGGAUUUUUGAAAUUAGGUUCAUAUAUUUGCAUUCAACACAAAGAAAUCACAGAAUUUUCUAUUUAGUAUUGAGUAACUAACUUCUCCCCAAACAUACACAUCUUCAUUAGAACAAAGCGACUGCCAAUUGUAAGCUCAAAUAAGAGGACAUCAAAGAUAGUGACUUGGGGUAUUUAAUUAGGUCUGUUUUGCAUUUUGGGUUCAAAUCUUAUCAAGGCCAAUUUUACCUUUCCAGAAAGUGUGAGGUCAGUGAAAUAAAGUACCUAUGAAACAGAGUGGGAUAUGCCUGUUCCUCAAAUUUGCAGCUAUAUGUCAAGGUUAGGUAUCAGCAUUGAUUACUAACCAAGCGGAGUACAACUGAUCUCAAUAUAAUAUAUAAGUGCUUAUUUUAUCAACUUUCUUCCAUCUCCCAAGUGGUUAAAAAGGUAAACAUUUAUAGGGGUGGAAGGAUGUGAAAUCAAAACAUGACAAAGGUAUUUUAUUUGGUAUUACCAUGUCUGUCAUGUCAUUACUCUGGUGUGGCCUAAGAUACUUUAUAGAUGAGCUAGGUUGUCGUCAUAGAUUCUACCACAUAUGCAAGCAGUAAUUUGAGCAGAUAGGGUUGACUAGAGAGAUAAAAAUAAAACUUUUUUUUUUUUUAAUGCUGCAACAGUCUUUCUAUGCAAGUGAGAUGUUUAUCCAUUCAUAUUACUAUAUAUUAGACAUUUGCGCAAUGAGUAAUGUUGAGAUUAUUUUUUAGUCAAAGAGCCAAAUUCAAAACUGAUGAACAG